AUGUCUAACAUUGGUUACGAUCUUGAUAACUCAGGCGGAUUAAUGCCGCUUAUACGAGCGUUAAUAAAACCUCCAGAUGAAGAUUUGAAUGCUCCUAAACCUAAGAAACCUCAGCAUCCUUAUUACAAACGCCCAGGUAAAGGGCACAACCACGAUUCAUGCGACGCGUGUGGCGAAGGUGGAGAUCUAAUAUGCUGUGAUCGUUGUCCGGCGAGUUUUCAUCUUGGCUGCUACGACCCUCCUCUUGAUGAGAAUGAUAUCCCAGCUGGUUUAUGGCUAUGUCGCGAGUGUCGCGCAAGUGAUGACAAGCCUGCCAGCACAAGAUCUAGUCGUGCUCAAUCUCCUGCUGACAACAAAUCGGACACUGACAAAAAAACCAGAUCUCUGCGAAAUAGCCGUGCUACUUCUGUUGCCAAGAAGAAAGGAAAAGAUGAGAACAAAGAAAAAGAAGAAGAAGAAGAAGCAAAAAAAGAGAAUGAGCCAGAAAAGGAACUGUCUCCCAUGGAGAUCUUGGUGAAAGCAGCCAAGGUGAUGAACCCUAAACAAUUUGAGCUUCCAAGGGAGAUGAGAGUACCUUGCAUAUUUCCUGGAACUGAAAAAGAUGGCAAGAAUGGUAACGGACUAGUGACCGUUGAUGCAUGGGGCUGUGUUCCCCUGCCUGCCAAGUCAUGCUUCGUGUGUCGGGCGACCUGCAAGCUUGCACCAUUGAUACAGUGCGACUACUGCCCAUUGUUAUUUCAUCAGGACUGCUUGGACCCGCCUCUGACAGCUUUGCCUACAGGCCGCUGGAUGUGUCCGAAUCAUGUGGAGCAAUACAUUGACUGGAAGCUGGUGAAGUCGGUGAGCGCGACGGAGCGCGUGGCACUGUGGGACAAGUUCAGCGCGCCGCUAGACCAGCACGCGCUCAAGGUGGACUUCAUCCGCCGGGCGCGCAACCCGCGACCCGCCUUCCGGGUGAAGGUGCCGGUGGGGCUGCGCGGGCGCGUGGUGGUGCCGCGCAUGGUGCGCCUGCACUACCGCCGCCCGCCGCCGCUGCUGCCCUCGCGCCGCGACCACGUGCGCUGCCGGGACGUGAUGAGGCGGCUGUGCGCGGGCGGCGCCCACUCGUCGGACUCGGAGGGCGAGGGCGGAGAGGGCGGGCGGCGCGCGCUGUGCCUCAACGCGGAGUGCCCGCAGUACCGCGGCGAUGGCGCCUGCCCGAUGGACCCCGGGCACAAACCGGAGAGUGACUCCAGUGAUCUCUCAGAUUCUGAUUUUGAGCAUCUCAAGACUAAAGUAAAGAAGCGCAAGGUCUCCCAAACUGAGGACAAGAGUCCAGGCAAGAAGCCGAACAAAUCUGAUCGCUUGGAACUCUGUAUGGACGAAGGAGUUGAGGAGUUGUUGGCGACGGUGGAGGAGCAGCUGAAGAAGUUAGAUGAGAGAUUAAUCAAGUUGCUGGCCUGGCAGAGGUUGCAACAAGUGGCGGCCGGCGAGGCGGCGGCGGGGCGCUGGCGCUCGCGUGCGCUGGGAGCGUGGGGCGCUCGCGUGGCCGGGGCGCUGCGCGGCGCCUCACGCGCCCGCCUCGCGCGCCUCGGCCUCACGCGCGCCGCGCUGCCCUCCGAGCUGCUGGCGCGCGCCGACCGUGAGCGCAUCGCCGCGCUCGUGUGGGGCGCGCCGCCCGCCCCCGCGCCCCCCGCGCCCGCCGCGCCCGCGCGUGACCUCGCCACGGCGCUCGUGCGCGCCGCCCUCUGCGAGGUCAAAGAUAGCGCCAGCGGUGGCGGCGGCGGCGGGCUGGGCGCGGCGGUGGCCAUGCGGCGCGCGGCGCUGCGCGUGGGCAGCGACAGCGCCUGCGACCUGGUGCUGGACGCGCGCUGCCGCCGCGUGUCGCCACGGCACGCCGUCAUCUUCUGCGACGAGGUGACUCAACAUUUCGAGCUGAUUAACUACUCAGAGUGGGGCAGCCGCGUUAACGGCGUGCUCUACGCCUGCGACCUCAGCCGCGACGCGAGGCCAUCCGAGGCCCCCGCACCCGGGGCCUCCGCGCCCGCCCCCGGGGCCCCCGACGCAGCCCCCGACCCUGAGGCGCGAGCGGACGCGCUGCGGCAAAUUGUACGCAAUAGGUACAGGAAGCCGCCGCGAUUGAACGGCUCACUAACAAAGCCGAUUGAGGAGGAAACGGAAUGCAAGUGCCCCAGCGCUCCGCCCCCCGCCAGCGCCGCGUGGGAGGGCUCCGCCCUCGUGCCACAUGGAGCCCUGCUGCAGUUCGGCUGCCGCAUUGACAACCAAGCGCACAUACAAACAGACUCAUUCACUGCCAAAAUACAAUUACAUCCUGACACUAAUAUCAACCUCGAUCUCGACACUGAUAGCGUCACUGAGGACUUCGCCAUACGCGCUGAGGCUUGUGUCAGUGACGCGUGUCAGGAUUUUAAUCCUGUCUAUCAAACUGUCAACCCCGCUGACACCGACACUGAUGUAAAUGUCACUGACACUGAUAGUAAUAUCGUCAACGUGGAUUACGUCAUCACCGCCGCUGCCACUGAUUUUCCAGAUAAUGACAACAAUAACACUAAUAUUACUACUUAUAACGAUUAUACAAUUGAAGAUUCAGACGUUGAACAAGAUAUUAACAGCGAUCACGGUGACGUCACCGGUAAUAUCGAUUACGCCGAUGUCGCUGCUCCUGUGACUGAAAGUUUUCAAGAUGAUGACAGCAUCCUCAACAUUGGCUCAAGCAAUGUCAUUGACAUGUAUAUUGAUGAGUUAAAUGCUGACGACAACAAUGACAUGACAAAUGCUGAGGACAAUGAUAACGCUAAUCCAGACGGUGUUCACACCGGCGGCGUAGCGUCGUCUGGCGUGGAUGUAGAUGAAACGAAUGACGGUGAUGAGAGUGACGUCAACACUGAUUCUGACAAUAAUGCAAAUAACGAUGACACGGACAAUGAGUAUGAAGCCGAUGGUAAUGACACAGAUGAUUCGGUAAAUGACGACAGUGACGACAUCACUGAGUAUCCACUC